AUGAGCCAGACACCCAUUCCUGAAGAGUACGACGACACAAGGAUUAUGGGAUAUGACCCCUUGAUACCACCAGCGCUCCUUCAGAAUGAAAUUAAAGCGUCAAAGAAAUCAUUGGAAACAGUCAUCAAGGGAAGAGUUGACGCAUCAAGAAUCAUCGGCGGGAAGGACGACCGUUGUUUAGUCAUUGUGGGUCCUUGCUCCAUUCAUGAUCCGGAGGCUGCACUCGAGUACGCUAAUCGUUUAAAAAAGAUCUCCGAGGAGUUGGAGAAUGACUUAGUCAUCAUCAUGAGAGCUUAUUUAGAAAAGCCUAGAACAACUGUAGGUUGGAAGGGCCUCAUUAAUGAUCCUAAUGUCGACAACUCUUUUGAUAUCAAUAAGGGUCUCAGGGUUUCGAGAAAGUUGUAUGCUGACUUGACUGGUGCUGUGGGUAUUCCUAUUGGAAGUGAGAUGCUAGACACAAUUUCCCCGCAAUACUUCUCUGACUUAUUGAGUUUUGGCGCAGUUGGUGCUAGAACCACGGAGUCUCAGUUACACAGAGAGUUGGCUUCUGGCUUAUCCUUUCCUAUCGGCUUUAAAAAUGGUACCGAUGGCAAUGUUGGGGUUGCAUUGGACGCCGUGCAAGCAUCAUCAAAAGGUCAUCAUUUCAUGGGUGUGACGAAGAACGGAUUAGCGGCAAUCACAACCACGAAGGGAAAUGACCACUGCUUCAUCAUUUUGAGAGGUGGUAAGAACUUGACGAACUAUGAUUUACAGUCCGUUCAGAGCGCCAAGUCAGCCAUCGCAAAAAGCUCAAAUCCUAACAUAAAGAUCAUGAUUGACUGCUCACAUGACAAUUCGAAGAAAGAUUACAGAAAUCAGCCUGCUGUGUUAGAAGAUGUCCUGAGACAGAUUGAGGCGGGUGAAAACGCGUUAAUGGGUGUGAUGAUUGAAUCCAAUAUCAACGAGGGGAAGCAAAGUAUGCCAUCAGGUAACGAAGGUAAGCGGGCAUUAAAAUAUGGCGUAUCGAUUACUGACAGCUGUGUUUCUUGGGACACAACGGUAAAAAUGUUGAAUAACUUAGCUAGGGCUGUGCAAAAAAGAAGGCAAAAGAACGGCUCUACAUGA